AGUUUUGCUGGGGGCGGGGCCGCGCAGGGGCUGCCGGGAGCUGUAGUCCGGGGGGCCUGGUGCGGAGCGAUGCAGAAAUACGAGAAGCUGGAGAAGAUCGGGGAAGGGACCUACGGGACCGUGUUCAAAGCCAAGAACAGGGAGACCCAUGAGAUCGUGGCGUUGAAGAGAGUCCGGCUAGAUGAUGACGACGAGGGUGUUCCCAGCUCUGCCCUGCGGGAGAUCUGCCUGCUCAAGGAGCUGAAACACAAGAACAUUGUCAGGCUGCACGAUGUCCUGCACAGUGACAAGAAGCUGACGCUGGUGUUCGAGUUCUGUGACCAGGACCUGAAGAAAUACUUUGACAGCUGCAAUGGGGACCUGGACCCUGAGAAUGUCAAGUCCUUCAUGUACCAGCUGCUGAAGGGCCUUGCCUUCUGCCACAGCCGCAAUGUGCUGCACAGAGAUCUCAAACCCCAGAACCUGCUGAUCAACAGAAACGGGGAGCUCAAACUUGCCGACUUCGGCUUGGCUCGGGCCUUCGGGAUCCCUGUGCGCUGUUAUUCGGCAGAGGUUGUCACGCUGUGGUACCGCCCCCCUGACGUGCUGUUUGGUGCCAAGCUGUACUCCACCUCCAUAGACAUGUGGUCAGCCGGCUGCAUCUUCGCAGAGCUGGCCAAUGCCGGGCGGCCCCUGUUCCCGGGGAACGACGUGGACGACCAGUUGAAGAGGAUUUUCCGGUUGCUGGGAACCCCCACCGAAGAGCAGUGGCCGGCCAUGACCAAGCUCCCAGACUACAAGCCGUACCCCAUGUACCCUGCAACAACGUCGCUGCUCAACGUGGUGCCCAAACUCAAUGCCACAGGUCGGGACCUGCUCCAGAACCUGCUGAAGUGCAACCCAGUGCAGCGGAUCUCAGCCGAGGAGGCACUGCAGCAUUCCUACUUCACGGACUUCUGCCUCCCGUAGAGACUGCCCGGAGCUGGGCCUGCCGGACCAGCAUCUGCCCUGCUCCACUGGCGCGGUGGGGAGGGGGGUGGAGGGGGAUGUCCCGGGGCCAGGGCACUGGGUGAUAGGCAGGGCCUGCGUCCUCCCCCCCCCCCCAGGUAUUUAUUAGGUUUUUAACCCAUUGCAGCGCCUGGUUUUCUACCAGUCUCUGCUGGGACCCCAUGGACAGGAGCCAGCCCCCUCCCUGCCCUGCUGCGAGUGCUCAUCGCCCUGGUACCGUGCCGUGUCACCUGGCUCCCACGGGACAGAGACGGCCCUGGGGUUCCAGUGGGGCACAGGAAAGGGGGGAGCCACUGCUGUCCCUUCCUUCGCCAGGGGUCCAGGGACGAGGGGCGGCUCCUCCUGGGCUGGCAUGGGACGUGGUGCCCCCGGCGCAGGCUGCCCCUUCUUGCCACGUCCCCUGCAGGCCCCUGGGCCCUGGCUGUGCCUCUGCCUGGGUGGGGCCCCCCUCCAGCUGGGACUCCUUGGGGGGCCAGGCAGCUUCCCUCCCCCUUGUACCGUGCUCCUGUGUGGCUGAAGGUGUAUGUUUAAUUUCAUAAACAGUUCCCCUCCCCCAGCCCGCGUCCUGCGCU